UAUUGGCAACUGUAUACCGGUUAUGAUCCGCCAUACUACAGAAGAAAAACGUAAAGCAAACCAGGAAAACAUCAAGUCUCAGAUGUGCCAGUUAUCCAGUUGAACCAAACCAAAGGAACAUCAUGUCACUGCAUUUUUAUUUUUCGGAUGUAGCUGAGUUUUAACGUAGUUAACUGGUGGCGCCCCCCUUAACUAUGAAGAUACAGCCAAAAUCAAAACUGCCGGCAGCAUCAGGCGCAUGUAGCUGACGAUCUUAACAAGGAAAUGCCACAAGCCCUGAGGUUACAUGUCUCACCGGAGGAGUUAUCUUGUGUUUUCUACAAAACGUGAUGGGGAAUUACACAUUAACGCCCGCUCCUUUUUCAGCAGGACCGUUGCGACUGUCAUGGGCCUGCUUUAGGUAAUGCUCUGGUGAGCUGGCCAGUAUUACCCAACAUUAGCUGCUGAAAUUUGGGCCUCCCCUGAGGUUAAGUUAGUGAGGAGAAAUGGAUGAUGCGAUCAUUCUCAGCUCAGACGACUCCGAUGUGGAAAUCGUCGGCUCCUUCACGACCAAGGCUGAGCCGCUGCCCCUCACGUCUGUGCGGGUCGAGGUCGAUGCCCUGAGCGUCAACGUCCCACCUCAUUAUAUUGACCUCACUGAUCCAAGAUGGACUGUUCCAGAGCUGAAAAUGCGAAAAAGACAAAAUUCCACUGCCUUGGCAGUGGUAGACUUGACUGAAAGCGAUUCGGCAAAUGGGACUGAACAGGAGAUAAAGAAUAUGCUACCAGGUGACUGUCAAAUAAAAAAUGAAAGUUCAAAUAAAAAUCAAACCUCAAAAAAACAAGAUAUUAACCUACAAAAGAGCUCUUCAAGUGACUCAGCUUUUCUCGCUCCACAGCAGGACUGUGGUAACCUAAAGCCAAAGAUGAGAUGUUUGAAUUCUCAAACACAACACCAAAAGCACAGCUAUAAAGGACAUCCUUGCCAUCACACACCUGCUGUAAAAUUGAGACGACUGCCUUUUCUUGAAACGCAUGUCAGGGAACUGAAAACAUCAAGGUUUUCUGUCCAUUUAACCAGAGACUGCACACAGAUGUCCCUGUGCUUUAGACAACUGGACAAUAGCGAUGCACCAGAAUGCAUUGGUAAUUUGACGACGACUUCAGCAUCAAAUGGUCCUUGCAUGGAACCUUCACUGGAUGAGUCUCCUCCUAAGGUGGCUGAAUCACUUAUUGGACAGGAACAACAGGAGAACAGUAAUGAAUUUACAAUCACACGGUUAUAUGACUUCUCUGAUCACUCAUCCCCCCACUCUCCCACCACCAGACUGAACCCUUCUGAGCUUUUUAACCUUGACUCUUUGCCCCACAGAAGUCCUGUAUCUCAUGAUCUUAAGAGCCAAGUCGACCCAACACCAACCUCUGAUCAUACACCAGUUGAAAACAGGUCUGAAUGGCAAUCGGAUGAAGCUAAGACGGAAAGGGCCUCAAACAGCCCUAACUUCUUGUGCUUAAGCAUUCCUAGUGAAUCUCCUUUGUCUGUAUCUAAAACUGAGGACAUGGAUGAAAGAUCUGGGACCGGGACAUAUAGAGGGGAUCUGGGAAUUGACAGUCCACUGUCUUUUGUUUGGCAAGAGGGGAGUGAUGGAGAAGAAGUGAACGAAGAGAGCAGAUUUGAUAUGGACUUCAGGGCGGCCAGUCAAGAGGACAGGCAUUUUGUGUGCCCAGUUACACUCAGAAAAAUAAUGUCUGGACCAGGUCAAGCCUUGAUUGAUGUGGAGGAUGAAGGCUUUGGAACUCCAGAGGUGCUAUGCCGUCAGAGCCUGAGCCUGGUUUACAGUACCAUCGAUGAGAACUACCCAGAGGGCACUUUGCAGCUUUUGUCUGACUUACUACAACCUGGUUACUAUCCCCCCAGAGAUAUCACUAUGCAUCUACUCCGCAGCAUUCUGCUCGACCCACAGUGUCCCCAUCACCUGGGUGUGCAGGCCUUUAACCUGCUGAUGAGGACACAGAGACACCACAUGGCUGAUAAAACCACAGUUCCGUGGGACUGGGAAUUGUUGACCUCAGUCGUGGCCAGUCAGGACUCUACAAAGAGACAUCGAUGUGAGGUUGUGCGCAUGCUCCUGGAGUAUGUUGUGCAGACAUUGGAAGAUGACUUCCAGGCCAAACGUUCUAUUUCUGCCCUCCACCACUCGAUUGCUAAAGGCACAUUGUCAUGUGAUCAGCAGUUCCCACGAGUCAGAGACGUCAUCAAAUGGCUUUUUUCUGCCAUUAUGAAGUCGACAGAGAAUGAAGAGAGCAGAGAGAGAGAUGAACAAAUCAGAAUGGUGUCCAUCUUCCAGAGGAUGCUGUCUCUUGCUCUGGAGGUGGACCGCUCUCCAGCUCUCAACUCUGCCAAGCUGUCCCAGGAGCUCUUCCAUAUGCUCAUCAGCAAUAUGCCUUUGCGAGCACAUAGGAAGUUGUUGCUAGAGAGCCUGCAGAGCAAGCUGCUGAGAUGUAAGCUAUUGGAACAUCUAUUGGACUAUGCAUGCCCACUGAAAAUCUCUCUGCCCAUGUCACUUAGUCUGCUGCUUCACUUUCUGAAGAACUGCACUCUGGCACCAGACCCUACGGAUGGUACUGGAAGAUGGCAGAGGUGGGAAGAGUUGGUCCAUCUUCUCUGGAUGUUGCUGCUCAGCUACAACAAAGCAAUGAAAGCAGAGAAGACUGAUCCUGAUCACCUGGUCAAAUGUCUUUCCCUUUCCUCUACUUACCAUCAUUCCCUGUCUCAUAGUCUCUCAUCACUCAUUUUAAAAUAGGUAGCUUGUGGAUUUAUUUUAGCAAAGCAUUGUCUUUAUUUCUUUAUACUAUAUGCCGAAUUUAGUUAUGCAAAAUAUGAGAGUGGUGGCCUUAAAAGGUACUAUAUGUAACAUUUAGACAACCCUUAUUAAUGACACUGGGGGUCGUUAAGUGAACUGUAGUCAUCAUCCUGUUGCUGGUGUUUGCAUGCAUGUUUUGUGCUGGGAGCUGGUUGUUUGUUGACGUUAGCGGACUCCAUUUCUAACGCUAACGUUAACUAGUGUUGCACACUGCUGGCGCUGUAGGAGAGCAGAAGAGAGGCAUUUAGGCAAGGCACUCUUGAGCAAGCAUAAACGUCACAUCCUUUGAAUUUUCCCGGAAAAUUCAUCCCGAGUCUUUUACAUAGAAAUCAGUCCACAGGCUGUUAUAGGCAACCAAGAAAGUUGGCGAAGGUCUCAGUUUCAAAGUUAUGAUCCGUUUCAAUCGGUUCACACAUUGGCAAUAAAAAAGUGAUUAAUAGCUGUAAAUUGCUUCACAUUCUUACAUAUAGUACCUUUAAUACACAAUUUUUACAUUUCUGUGCUUGGUCCUUUUCUUUCGAUGUGAUUGAUUUUUAAUCAUCUGUUUGAAGUUUUUUAUAUUGUCAUAAGAGUAAAAAUAUAUUUUUGAUAGCCUUUGACAUUUAAACGCUGAUUUCAAUAGAUAUUAUCUCUGCUGGAGAAUUCCUCCAAGACAUAGGUUGUAUUAAUAUUUUGAUACCCAAUGUACCAUAUCCCUGAAUAUUUAAACAUUUUACCAAUAAGUAAAGUUAUUUUACAUCUGUUAUCCCCAGGCUAUCUGUGCAACUCAGUCACUGAACAAAGAGGCAGAGUUAGCACACUCGUCUACAAACCGGAUGAUAAGGUAUCCAAGCUUGCCAUUCGUGAAGCUGUCGAGACCUUCCUAUUCAG